UGUUUUUAUCUAAACACCAAUAUUCUCCAAAUUCAAUAGACGGCAAUUUGUUUACCGAAAGCAUUUGUACAUAUUUUCUCAGGAACCAAACACGGUAUACAAUAUAUACAAUGUCAAGAGGAUUUGAAUAAAACAAUAGUUACAAUACCUUUUUCCUGAGGCUGCAUCUUCAUAUAAUCUGGUUCAGGAGCUGUGGUUGGUGCAUAGUAAGAAGUGAUAGUGAAGAAGCUGGUGUGCACUCAACUAGACUACUCUCUCUCAGCCAUAAACGCCAAUAUAUCCUCUUAACUUCUAACCAUUCGCCAUUCACCAAACAAAACACAGCCUAGAGUGCCAUAGACCCUUCAUCUUCAUCACUCUGCAAACCCAUCUCUGCUCUCACUUCAAUUCCCAAAGCCUAGCCCUUACCUACACCUUACAACCCAACCGCCUGUCUUUUUUCUCCCCCAAUGACUUUUCUACCCUUUCAAUCUCAAUUCUCUGUCAUUCCCGAGACACAUCUAACACAUUAAGGAACAAAAAAUAUCACCCUCACACCCUUCAUAGAACAUAGCAAAAGGGUUUAUGGGCUCCAUUGUCAUUUUAACAGAUUUCGAACCACGAAAACCAUCCUCUAAAGCCUCUCUCUCUCCUCAGCCGCUACCCGCCAUGUUUUCAGAGAUAUCCAGCGCCAAAAACAAUACGCAUGUCAAUCUCUCUUACCCGCAUUCGUUUGACUCUCUAUGUCCCUCUAUAAAUGAGUACAAAAGCCAUGCAAGAAAAAUAAAAAUAAAAAAAGUAACCGUUCAAAACCCUUUUUGUGUGUCUUCCAUCUCUAUUUUUCUCUCUGGCUAUUUUAUACUAUAAAAACGAGAAACUCCAUUAAGGAAAAACCCAGCUGAGAAUUUUUACAAGCACAUGGAGGGUGACAACAUUGUAAACAACGGUAGUGGUGGUUCCGGUGGAACUCCGGCGAGUUCACGGUGGAACCCCACAAAGGAGCAGAUAAAUAUGCUAGAGAAUUUGUAUAUGCAAGGGAUAAGAACACCCAGUGCCGAGCAAAUACAGCAGAUAACAAGCAGGCUGAGAGCUUUCGGUCACAUAGAGGGUAAGAAUGUCUUCUAUUGGUUUCAGAAUCACAAGGCCAGGCAAAGGCAGAAACAGAAGCAAGAAAGCUUGGCUUAUAUCAAUCGGUUUCUUCACAGGACUCAGCCAAUUUUUCCUUCUCAUCCUUGCUCUAAUGUGGUUUGCGGUCCAUAUUUCUUACCGGUACAGUCUGAUAUGGGCUUCAAUCAACAACAUAUUCCAAAAGUGCCUCUAUCAGGAGGCAUAAGGAGGAGACUAAAAACCCAUCAGAAAAUGGACAAAUCAAGAACCAGCUGUGGAGUAGCUGUGUCUCAGCAAGUCACAAACCGAACGAUCAGCAACCCCAUUAAUCAAGAAACACGUGCACUCUUUCCUUUGCACCCAACAGGGAUUUUACAAGGGAAAGAGGACCAAAACCACCUUUGUGUUUUGGCUGAUCAGACUAGUACUUCUCCGACUACCACUGCUACACCUUCUAGCUCUUCUGAGGUUGAAGAAAGUCCAGCUGGUGAUCACCAAUAUUUCUAUAACUUUUUCUGUGGAGAACAAGGUUUUUGUGACAGUAGUACUACUACUAUUACUACCACCACCACUACUGAUUGAACCGUGAAAACCUUGGAUAUGACAGAUCAAUUAUUGAUCUAGUGGUUUUUUGUUUCUUAGGGUGUAAUUUUCAAAUGGGGUUGCAGAGAUAUGGUAAAAUGUUCCAAAAGUCUUCGGUGAUC